UGCCUACAGCGGUUCCUCUCCGUGGCGCCCUACUGCCUUCAGCGCGAAGGUGGGUGCUGCGUACCUUCCUGAACCCCAGGAGCCGAGGUGAGCGCCGCGAAGACCCCCGACAUUAAGAAGUGGUGUCCACUGCAGCCCCGCUAAGCCGGAUACCCUCCCCCACCCCGAGGAGCAAGCCUGCCUUCCGCCACGCGCCGCCCGUCUUCCGCGCCCGCGCAGAACCUCGCCGCUGUGCCCGCCUAAAGCCACGCCCAUCCUCGCUGGGCCACGCCCUCAGAGACUCCUCCCCUGUCGCCCAGAUCCCACCCGCAGGACCCCAAAACCCAAUGAUCCUUCAGCAGCCCUUGGAGCGAGGCCCCCAGGGUGGGGCCCAGCGCCUCCCGCGGGCCGCCUUGGAGGUGACUCGGGGCCUGGACGCCAGCUCCCCUCUCCGAGGAGCUGUGCCCAUGAGCACCAAGCGGCGCCUGGAGGAGGAGCAGGAGCCUCUGCGCAAGCAGUUUCUGUCUGAGGAGAACAUGGCCACCCACUUCUCUCAACUCAGCCUGCACAAUGACCACCCCUACUGCAGCCCCCCCAUGGUCUUCCCCCAAGCCCUGCCCCCACUCAGAAGCCCUUGCUCUGAGCUGCUUCUCUGGCGCUACCCUGGCAGCCUCAUCCCCGAGGCCCUCCGUCUGCUGAGGCUGGGGGAUACCCCCAGUCCCCCCUACCCUGCAACCCCAGCUGGAGACAUAACGGAGCUCUGAGUGCUGGUGGACUGCCCCUCCCACCUUCCUUCUUCCCCACAACAGAAGAGACCAGCGACUCCUGCAAAGGGACAAGGUUCCUCCCUCUCCUGCAGACCAGGCAUCUGGGCACCAAGACCUUCCCUCAACAGAGGACACUGAGCCCAACGGAGCUCUGGGAUGGGAGGGGUGGGAGCAUGGGAAGGGAGGCAUCCCACCCCCAAGAAGAACUGAAUAAAGAUUGCUGAGCAAAGGAA